AUGGACGGUCUCACCAUCGUGGACAGCCGUCCGUGGGCGAAGAAGGUUGCGUUGGCUUACAUAGAGCGUCAUCCGGUCGACACGGCACCCCCCGUUGUUCGACAAGAGUCUCGGGUACAUCAGCGUGCAACAAAGAAAACGCCACGCAAAAUCGAAAAGGCGCCCACAGGCAGCCUUCCCGCUCCCGGUACCGUCUCCCCACCAAUUCGGUCAUCAAAGCCAUCAAAGCCAUCUCGCGCAGGACAGGUCGUGUAUAGCGGCAUAUGCAAGCUACUCCACUCGAAGAGUCGGUCGCUUAUUUACAUAGUCUCUUUGGCCAUGGCCAUUGAUGAAGACAAUGAUGAAGCAUUUCUGAUACUUUCAGUAGCUGAUAAGGUCAUCAAGGUUCAUAAUGUCUUGGAGCUUUCUCAGCCCCAAGCCAGCGAGGACUGUUGCCUUGUUGCGUCCGAGAUGACUGGCGAGCCAUUCACCUAUCUGCUGCAGUUCUCCAGCUCUUCCGAGUCUACAACGUUUCGUCUAUACUUGGAGAACUUGAAAAGGGCUGUUUCUCGAAGGAAAGGUGCUCCGAGCGGCGGUAACGGCUCCGCGGCAGCCAACACUGACGCUUCGAAGCCAGUGUCAGAUAACUCGGCUGCAGUUACAGCACAGUCCUUCCCAGGGCUGAUUCGGCCAUCCCCGAGCGCGGGAGAUGCCUCUAUUGAAGACUUGAAUGUGAAUUCAACAACCUCCUCGAUGGUGCCUCAAGCAAGCGAUGCUGUCUCAAGUACCGGCGCUGAGGUUCCUCGGCUUGUAGAUGUGGAACCUACUCCACAGCCGAUGGGGGAGACAAAGAUGGCGACAAUCGAAGAUGCUGCCGAAAAGCUUUUUGAUCUCAUCGGUAAGAUUCUACCGGAAGCAAAUGCUGCUGGUAUGCAUCUUUGUGAAGAUGAGAUUGCCGAUAUAGAAGAGACGGCCAUUGACAGCUGGCUCACGAGGGGCUUUCUCAAGUCCGAGUCAGACGACAUGAGGUCGGAGCUUCUUGACCUUCUCCGUGUUCUUUUGCGCAUAAAGCGCAAAGCCGAGUCACGGUCGGUUGCCCAAAAAGCCGGCAUCAAAUCUCUCGAGAACUUCGACAAGGAAGGUACUAAGCCUCGGCAAAUCAAGUAUAGCGUUUCCGAAAUUGUGAAACUGGCUAGCAAUAGGGCCCAGGACGUUCGGUUAUCCAGCAAGACGGCAGUUUUCCCACCGAGGAAACAUGCAACCGGCGACUUUUCUCCGACUGCUGCACUGACUGGUGUGUCCAAACAUAAGGCUCGGUUGAGUGACAGACCAGAAUCACAGCAACCAUGCCCACCUGCCGUGGCUCCAUCACAGUCCACCUAUCGACCACGCAAUGACGGUCAGCCACUCACGAGAUCAUCUGAAGAGAUCGGUGUCGGGAGCGCAUCCAAGUCAUGCACAAGGCCGGGAGCGGGGGGUCUUUGCACAUCACGAUGGGCUCAUGGUUAG